AUGACGGAGGCUCUCAACCGCAAGUUUGAUCUCCUCGUGAAAAGCGGCAAAUGUCCGCCGUAUCUUCUGGAUGUUGUGAGUCUACUCGUAGCCCACGCUAAUGAUACCGAACUGUUUAAAAAAGAACUUCGCUCGGCACCUUUUGAUUCUGUUGUCGCCCCUAUGAAGAAACAAAAUGUUGUCGUACCAUCCAGCGCUGAUCAGGUAUCAGCAGUAACAGUGAUGUCGGGUCAAAAAGAUAAUGAGAGAGUUGCCGAGAUAAAUAAAAAUGGUCUCUACACACAAGAACAGGUUCUUCAAACGGCGGAGGCCUCCUUGCGUGCCUAUGCAACCGAUCUAAAGAAAAUAAAUGAUAUCGCCAUGGCUACAAGUUCAAAACGUUUAAGAGAGAUGAAGACUAGCACCUCUACAGAAAUGAUGGAGUUUCGAGAUCGUGUAGUGAGAGAUACAGUAGAGCGGACACGAGAGGAGUUAAAUUCGCUGCGCAUGGAAUGGUUGGAAUCCAUGAAUGUGGAAGUGGGACGACUAAAAACAGAUAUUAAUAAAUUAGGUAUAGAAUCUCAAAAAGAGAUGUGUAAAAUAACGGAUGCGUACACUAAUUACAUAUCGAAAGGAUUUGAACUUAUGAAAACUGAACCACUAGAAGUGGCCCAUAGUGUUUUAGCAGAAUGUGCACUCUCGGCGAGUCGAGUGGAAUUGGUGGAACAGCAACUAGUACCAAAGGUGGAGAUUGAUGUGUUGUGUGAGCGGGUAAAGAGUAUGGAGCGGGCUAUUACACAAAUAAUGAGAAGUUCAUCGGGUCUGACAAUAUCUAAUGAGAAGAAUACAUUUCUCUCCUCGUCUGUUGUGAACCCACACAAUCGCGGGGGAAUCACCCCAGACGUUGAGAACACAACACUACUGGGACUCUUGGUACGCGAUGGCGGUGAUGAAGUGGAAGGUGUGAUUGUUACUCAAGUAACACCGGGAUCAGCGGCAGCAACAGUACAUAUUGGACCUGAUUGUAUUAUUUCUCACGUUGGCAAAACACCUACAACGCGGAAAGAGGACUUUGCUACAGCAGUUCUUCAGGCGGGACGAGAAGUUAGACUUACAGUAUACGACCCAAGAACUGGAAAAGUUAGUCUUGUAACGUUAGAACAGAGACAGUAA